UCUAAACACUAUGCUUCACCGUGCUCUUAUACCAUGUGCCUAGAAAGUAACAAAUCACUGUAAACAAAGAAAGAAAAAUCUGGUUGUCUUUCAUAAAAACUGAUGAAGCAUAUAAAUGGUGGAAGGUCAAAGCUGUCUAUUUUCAUGAAACAGUUAAACCUCACCACUGUCAUCAUGUCUCACCACUGUUUAUGAGAUCAAUUAUGUCUCAGGAUAUACCAUCUUGUUGGUUGAAUCAGAAGUCGGACAAAGAGCUGAGAUUGUUCAAAAGUUUUACGUAAAUGUGCAAAAGUGAUCGCUUUGUCGGACUUUUAAUUUAAUCGUUGCUGUGUAUGAGGAGAUGCUAACGACAAUUCUCCAUCACUUCAUAAUUCACCAUAAUUAACAUUAUAGAAAAUAUAAUAUAUAAUAUUAUAUAACACUAAUAUUACAUUGAUCUUUUUAUCUUCCAACAGGAAACCACAGAAGCAACUCUCAGAAGAUGGUUCCUUUGUCUAUCUAGUCUGCUAACUACAUUCAUCGUGUUUUUUUAAUAUUCAACAACUUUCCCUGGACGUACACUCCUGCCCUCGAAUGCAUUUAUCUCUGGAUUCCAUAAACAUGGCGGAUGACGGCUACCUCUCGUCAGAAAACUACCACGACCUGGGUAAAGGAGGCGGAUCAGCGAUGGGCGGGCGCUUGCACAGCAUCGACGUGAUUCUGGGUUUCAGUAAGGAACAGGACCCUCUGCUCAACACUGUGGGACCUGCUGCGGGCCAUAAAGGUGACGGAGAUGUCCUGGUGGAACAGGGGAAACAGGUGACCUCUGACCCUUAUGCUCACCUGCCCAGCAUGUCUGACAACUCCCAUCAGGCUGUCUAUCAUGAAACAGGACUCUUCUCAAAUGAUAAAUGUGAAGGCGAGGUUGGGGAUCUUCACCAUCGUGGUGUGGAGAGUGACAGCAGGUCUCCCGAACCUCUAGAGGAUGACCAACCCAAGAAGAAACACCGUCGCAACCGGACCACCUUCACCACUUACCAACUGCACGAGCUAGAAAGAGCUUUUGAGAAAUCCCACUAUCCUGAUGUGUACAGUCGAGAAGAGCUGGCCAUGAAGGUCAAUCUCCCAGAAGUACGAGUGCAGGUCUGGUUCCAGAAUCGGCGUGCAAAAUGGCGGCGUCAGGAGAAGAUGGACACUGGUAGCAUGAAGCUCCAUGACUCACCUAUGCUGUCCUUCAACCGGUCUCCCAUGCCCUCCAAUGUAGGGCCGAUGAGCAAUUCCUUGCCCUUAGACUCCUGGUUAUCGUCACCCCUCUCCAGUGCCACUCCCAUGCAUAGCAUCCCGGGAUUCAUGGGUCCAUCCCAAAGCCUGCAACCCACCUACUCGAGCCACCCGGGCUUCCUUAACUCAACUCCAGGCAUAGUGCAGGGAAUGCAGCCCAUGCCUCCUCCACCGUACCAGUGUCCACCGGCCUUCAAUGACAAGUAUCCACUGGACGACAUGGACCGCAGCUCCAGCAUUGCAGCUCUGAGAAUGAAGGCCAAGGAACACAUUCAGUCCAUGGACAAAACCUGGCAGCCCAUGUGA